UCGCGCAUAGAAACUUUGCAGUAAGCAGUUGAACAUCGGCUUUUAGGGUCAACAUUCGUUUUAUAGCGACCCUGUGUGACAAAUUUUUAACAUUAUGUAUAGCUUUGUGUAUUAGGAUGUGUUUAUGAGUGUGUGUGAGUGUUGUGAUGUGCCUUGGAAAAUGUGGGAUAAGUUUUUCUCGAAGUCUGUGAGAAAAAAGCUUUAGGUCACCAUGUCAACGGGCAGCUGUUCAGGCCCGGGAAUCUGUGGGGGAGCGAGACGAAGGCCGCCCCCACCUCCUGAGCCGGCGCUGUCCCUGGCAGCAGACCUGAGCGAGCUGAGUCUAGAUCAGGGAUACCAUACCCUAGCUGACUGCGGCCCACCCAGACGGCGGCGGGAUAAUAGCUUGAGUGAUGCGCUCUGGAUGAAGAUAUUAUCGUAUUUAGAGGUAUCAGACUUAUGCCGAAUGUCCCGGGUGUGUCGGAGAUGGUCCCGUUUCGUGAACAGACUGUUGGCUCGACCUGAACCCUGGCGGAGAAUCCGUGCAGCUGGUCCAUUAGAGAUUGCUGCCAGAUGUGCUGGAGCCAGAGCUGGCUUAUGUGCUGGAUCUGUUAGAGAAUGGAGGAUGAAAAAUACUGCGGUAUCAGUAGCGGGCGCUCAAUUAGUGGCUGCUACGUUUAGAAAUCUGACACAUCUGGCACUCACCGGUUCAACGAGUAUGGACGCGAGAUCAUUAGCUCCGCUAAUAACGGAUCUGAUGGAUUUGCGGCAUUUGGAUCUUACUGGAUGCCUAAACGUCGACUGGCCGGAAUGGGCGUGGCUAGAAAGUCGACUAGCAGCGCGACGUCCUCCAGUGGAAUACAUAGACCUCACUGACUGCAGCUCAGUCUCAGAUGCUGGCCUGUGCGCUUUACUUCACACCUGUCCGUCUCUUCAGUACUUAUAUCUAAGGAGGUGUACUCUAGUCACAGACGCAGGCGUGCGGUGGGUGCCAUCAUAUUGCGCUUUGAAAGAAUUGAGCAUGUCUGACUGUACGGGUGUGACAGAUUUCGGCUUGUACGAGUUGGCUAAGCUUGGCCAAGCACUGCGCUACCUCUCUGUUGCCAAAUGUUCCCAGGUUUCAGAUUCGGGUAUACGUACAUUGGCAAGGCGGUGUUAUAAGCUGCGGUAUUUAAAUGCCAGAGGAUGUGGUGCCCUUGGAGAUGAUGGAGUAGAAGCCAUCGCAAGGGGCUGUUCCAGGCUUAGAGCACUCGAUCUGGGGGCUACUGACGUAUCUGAAAAUGGACUACAGAUCUUGGCCCGAUGCUGUCCAAACCUCAAGAAACUCGCCCUUCGAGGCUGCGAGCUGGUAGGAGAUGAUGGCUUAGAAGCGGUGGCCUAUUACUGCCGUGGUCUUACACAACUCAACAUACAGGACACUCCCGUGACUUUACGCGGAUAUAGGGCAGUGAAAAAGUACUGCAAGCGAUGUGUUAUUGAACAUACGAAUCCCGGAUUUUGUUAACAAAUGUUUCUGAACGUUUUAUUGUGAAAUACUUGGUGCUUUAUUUGUCUAUAUGUAUUAUAUUUUUGUAGAAGUAUUAACUGUAAAUAUUUGUAAAUGUAAUUUUAAGUAUAUAUGUAUAUUAAUAAUACAAUAUUUAUGAAAAUUUAAACAUUAAGGUUUUUAAAUGAGAUAUUUUUGGGUGAAUAAAAUAUUUUCUUUAACUGUGUUAAAGUCGGAUAUAUAGAAACAAUUUUAUUCAUUUGCCAUAUAUCCAUAUGAAUAACGCAUUGAAAGACUGGAAUUGUCCUGUUUUGUAUUUAUUAUUAACUUUUCAUACAAUCUGUAUAGUUUUCUAUUACUUCCAAAUAUUUUCAAAUAUUUUAUCAUACAAAAAAAGGGUGCGUGUACUUAUGUACGCGCGUAAGAAGUCAUACUUCUUUGGCAUUAUUAAAAAUAGUUUUUGA